CACGAAAGACAGACAUAACGAAACAAUUGAGACUUUUGACAUUCAUUGAUUUACAUUUCUUCCCAUCAUCUUCCUUAAUCCUUUUGCAUUUGAAACCCUAGUCUCUUUUUUUCCACCACAUUAUGUGAGUUCUUUCAUUUCCAAUCACUUAUAUAUAGUCCAUUCAUAUAUAUAUAUAGGACACCACAGGUUUACCUUCUUCUGAUCAUUUCCACAAGGCAAUCAUGGCUAAAUCUUGUGUUUGGGUGAUAUGUUUGUUCUCUCUCCUCCUUGGUCAUGGUGUUCUUGAGCUUGAAGCUUCCCAGCAUGAAUACAGAAACCCUCAAUCUAUGCAAUCUCAGUCAUCAAAACGUCAGCCUUACAGAACUGCAUAUCACUUCCAACCUCCCCAGAAUUGGAUGAAUGACCCUAAUGGACCCAUGAUUUACAAGGGGAUUUACCAUUUGUUCUACCAGUACAACCCAUAUGAAGCAGUUUGGGGGAACAUAGUUUGGGCCCAUUCUACAUCAACAGACCUCGUCAACUGGGCCGCACAUCCACCAGCCAUAUACCCAUCCCAUCCUUAUGAUAUCAAUGGAUGCUGGUCAGGUUCUGCCACAAUUCUCCCCGGUGAAAAACCAGCCAUUCUCUACACUGGAAUAAACCCCCAGAACCGCCAAGUUCAAAACCUAGCCAUGCCCAAGAACCUAUCAGACCCCUUCCUCAUAGAAUGGGUUAAAUCACCUUAUAAUCCGAUACUCAUACCCACUUUCGAAAACAAUAUCGAUCCGAGCUCGUUUCGAGACCCAACCACUGCUUGGCUUGGUCCUGAUGGGAGAUGGAGAAUGAUCAUCGGAAGCAAUAGAAAUGGCCGUGGAAUGGCACUUCUUUACAGAAGCAAGGAUUUUAUUCACUGGAAAAAAGCUCAGCACCCUCUUCACUCCUCUAAGGACACUGGAAUGUGGGAGUGUCCUGAUUUUUAUCCAGUUUCUAAUAGCAGCAAAAAUGGUUUCGAUUCAUCGGUGAUUGGUUCGGGCAUUAGGCAUGUUCUUAAGGCAAGCUUGGGUGGAACUGGGCAUGAGUACUAUACUGUUGGAACUUAUAAUCCUGAGAACGAUACCUAUGUUCCAGACAAGGGAUUUGUAGAUGACAGUAGGGGGUUGAGGUAUGAUUAUGGAAAGUUUUAUGGUUCAAAAACUUUCUUUGACAGUGCUAAGAACAGGAGGGUCUUGUGGGGUUGGAUCAGUGAAUCGACAAAUGCAACCAUUGAUCUUACGAAGGGAUGGUCUGGACUUCAGGCAAUUCCUAGGAAGCUUUGGCUAGACAAAUCUGGGAAGCAAAUAAUGCAAUGGCCAGUUAAAGAGAUUGAAAAGCUACGUACUAACCAGGUUAACUUACCCAGCAAAGUGCUUAUUGGAGGGUCAGUGCUUGAAGUUGCUGGGGUCACAGGUUCACAGGCAGAUGUAGAUAUUCUAUUUGAAAUAUCAGACUACGAGAAAGCGGACGUGUUGGACCCAAGUUGGACUAACCCACAAGAGCUCUGCAGCCGGAAUGGUGCCUCAGUUAAAGGUGGGCUAGGACCAUUCGGGUUAAUGGUUUUGGCUUCAAAGGACUUGCAGGAGUACACGGCAGUUUUCUUUAGAAUUUUCAAAGUUCAAACAAAUUAUGUGGUGCUCAUGUGCACUGACCUUAGCAGGUCUUCGUUACACUUAGAUUAUGACAAACCCACAUAUGGAGCUUUCAUGGAUUUGGAUCCUGUUCGAGAGAAGUUGUCACUGAGGAGUUUAAUAGAUCACUCCAUUGUAGAGAGCUUUGGUGGUGAAGGAAAGGCAUGCUUCACAGCUAGAGUUUAUCCCACCAUGGCCAUUGGUGAUGGGGCCCACUUGUUUGCCUUCAAUAAUGGAACUGAGAAUGUUACAAUCUCAAGCUUGACUGCAUGGAGUAUGAAGAAAGCUCAAAUCAAUUAAGACAUUAUUAUUUAUGGGGAAAAAAUCUCAAUAAAUUCUUCACAAUAUUCUACGAUUAUUUUUAGUUAUUCACGUGACUAUAUUGUUGAUGAUAAAUUUUGGAACCCCUAAUUAACCAAUUUGUUAUUGGUAUUUCUCCGUUGUAUUGUUGAUACCAAGUUUUUAGUCCUAAU